UUCCCAGAAAUUGCCAUCUCUUUGAUUUUUGAACAUUUUAUUGGAAAUGGAAUUGGAAAUGCUUGCGUCUGCUAUUGGUUUCGAAGGAUAUGAAAAGAGGCUUGAAAUUCUGUUUGCCCAACCUGGAAUCUUUACGGAUCCUCAAGGAAAGGGUCUACGUGCUCUCUCUAGAGCCCAAUUGGAUGAGUUUCUUGGCCCUGCUGAGUGCACAAUUGUUUCUUCUCUGUCAAAUGAGUUCUUGGACUCAUACGUCCUCUCUGAAUCAAGCCUCUUUGUCUAUCCAUACAAGAUCAUCAUCAAAACUUGUGGAACAACUAAAUUGCUUCGUGCAAUCCCGCCUAUUCUGAAGCUUGCGGAAUCCCUUUCUCUGGAUGUUCAAACUGUGAGGUACACCCGAGGCAGCUUCAUCUUCCCUGGAGCGCAGUCAUAUCCUCACCGAAACUUUUCCGAAGAAGUUUCUGUUCUAGAUAGCCAUUUUGGAUACCUUGGAAGCAAAGCAUUGGUUUUGGGUGGCUCAGAUAGCCCACAGAAGUGGCAUGUCUACAUUGCUUCAUCUGCUCCUAUCAAAUCAAAGAACCCUGUCUACACUCUCGAAAUGUGCAUGACUGGUCUGGACCAGGAUAAAGCUAGGGUCUUUUACAAGAACGAAUCGAGUUCUGCUGCUUUCAUGACACAUAAGUCUGGAAUAAGGAAUAUCCUUCCAGAAUCUGACAUUUGUGACUUCGAGUUUGAUCCGUGUGGCUAUUCCAUGAACUCUAUUGAAGCUGAUGCCAUAUCCACCAUUCAUGUGACCCCUGAAGAUGGGUUCAGCUAUGCAAGCUUUGAAGCUGCCGGGUAUGAUCUUGAAGAUGUUAAACUGCCAGCGAUGAUUGAGAGGGUGCUUACGUGCUUCGAACCGAGCGAGUUCUCUGUAGCGGUCCAUGCCGAUGUGUUGGGGAAAUUUCUUGAGCAAACUUGCUCUCUGGAAGUGAAAGGUUACCACCUGUGCGAGAAGAACGAGGAGGAGUUUGGUGUGGGUGGCUGUGUUGUCUACCAGAAAUUUACCAGGGCCCACACCUGCGAUUCGCCAAAGUCUGUUCUUGAAAGCUCCUGGAAGCAGGCAGGUAAAGAAGAAGAGGAGUUCUAUUGCUGAGGGUUAUUUGUUUGUUUGUUUUUGUGUCAGAAGUCCUUACAAUUGUCGUCUGACUCUUCUUGGUUCUCCCAAGCAGAGGGUUCUAAGUCAUUGUUAUGAGUCUUUUUUCUUGGCGUCUAGUGGUCAGUAAUAACGUCCAGUCCCAGCUUGUUGGCGUUUGGACUUGAAACACUGUUGUUAUUGUGGUUUAAAAAAAUGCUUUUCAAGUAAUGCAAUUAUUGUCAUAUUUUAUUCAAUCUUAACCAUCUAUAGUUGUUUUUAUUUUGCUUUCCAAAAUUGGUAUAGAAUUUUAGAAUAAAAAUUACAUAUUUAA